AUGGACAGAUGGACGCGAUCAACAUCAUCAUCAGCACAACGCCAAGAUGUCGUCGAAACGCCCCCACCCCCUGUGAAUAAAGCCAACAAAGUCUCUAAAACGAAAAAGAAUAAACUGACCUCAACAAGCGGACCCUAUACACCCUUACAACUCCCCUUCAACGAUGACAAGAGCGCCACUUACACCAAAGCCCAACUCGAACGCUUUUACGACCUGCGUGUCCGGAGAUACGAAGAUCCCCUACAAUGUGCCAGAGCCAAUGCCGCCCAUUGCUUGCUCCUCAAGCCUGAUCCCGGUGUCUAUGCCAUCUCAAUGACAAGGACAUGCUACACUCUCCGCGUCAAGCUCGAGCCCAUCGACAUCUUUCGCUACCUCCAGAAACACCUCACAAAGCCUUUGGCCAAGGACCCAACCCAAAUCUGA